UUCUUACUGACUGGUUGCUUCUUAAGGCAUUUUCAUGGGAAACCAGGUAAAGUGGUGCUUGCUUUGAUACCGGCUUUUGAAAAAAAAAACUGUAAUAAUAGCCAUAAUUUAGCCAGUGGUUGUGUAGUCAGGACCAACUGAUUUUUUGCUGCAAUCAACAAUGGACGGGGAAGGUGAUGUAAAAAUGGAAAGCACUCCAAGUGCGAGCAAUGGAAAUAGUGAAGCAAAACAGUCUGUGAAAACUUCAGUCAUGGUUAUGCCAACUGGACCUGCUCCAAUGAUAUCCAAUAAACAUCCUGUCAUGCAUCUAAAUGAACUCACCCAAGAAAGUAAAUUUGAAUUAGUUUCAGAAGACAAGGAAACUGGCCCAAGCAACAAGAAACGUAGAGUCUACACUAUGCUACUGAUGUGUAAAAAUGAAAAAUUCCAAGGAAUUGGUCAGAGCAAAAAGAUUGCUAAGGAGGAAGCUGCUAAAUAUGCUCUGCUGAAACUUUUCAACAUCCUGUAUAUUCCAGAUGCUAGCAUGUCUUCAUUUGUACCAGAGGGUAUGGUGCUAGGAAAGAGACCAGUGGAAGAGACCACUGAAGCUGCAGAACCAGGAAGUAAAAAGAAGAAAAAGAAUAAGGAAGCCGAAGGUCCAAAAAAUCCAGUGAUGAGACUGCAUGAGUUACGUUCAGGACUGGAAUAUGCAGUGGAAUCUCAGACAGGCCCAGUGCAUGCCCCUGUGUUCGUAAUGAGUGUAGUUGUGGAUGGUCUUAAGUAUGAGGGAUGUGGUAGUUCAAAAAAGAAGGCAAAAGUUGAUGUGGCUACAAAGGCAUUAAAUGCUAUAGAACCUCCAGUAGGCGAACAAUCAAUCAAAUGUGAACCAUCUACUACAACGUAGCUGUGUUAAAAACAAUCUCUGUAAAUAAUACUUAGUGUGGAAACAUUUCAUUUGGAUUUUGUUAAGUUAAUUUAAUAAGUGUUUUUUACAUAACUUUAAUGCAGCAUGCUACCCAAUGGUUAUAAAAUAACCUUUUAUAUAUUGUCAUUUUAAAGUUACAAAUUGUAAACUCAAUUUUAAUUCUUUCCAUUAAUAUUUUAUCAUUUGUUGCAUUGAAAUGAAAAAAUGUAACAGAAAAAAAACCCUGCUGUCUGUGUACAUUGUAAUUCAUUCAAACAAAAAUGAUAGAAUUUGUAUUAAAGCAGUUUUAAUAAUAUGAGCAUGCAAAUGCAUUUUCAAUCACAUUUACUAAUUAUGUUGUAUUUGUUUUGUUCUUAAUUAUCUCAUUUAUUAGCUAAGUAGUUACUUGGUAUUGAUAUUUUUUGGUAAUAUAGUGACCACAUUUUAUUGUGAAAAAGGAAUGAAAAGCUUGUUUUAUAUUUGAUUUCAAGUCAAACAAUCUUAUUUAUUUUUCAGUUAAUGACAAUUGUAGACCAUAUGACAUGUAUGAAUGUUCCUUUUUAUCAGUAGGACCAUUGAUCUUUUUUAUUGCAUAUUUCUCAGCAUCUAUAUUACAUAUGCAUCUGCUUAUUUUUAUAUUUGAUGGUCAAGCAAGGUCAUGAUAGGUUGUUAGACCAGAUUGAAUAUUAUCCUGGUGCAAAGUCAAAUCCUGUUAAUGCUGCCAAUUAACUAUUUUUAGUUAUCAGCCAUAUACAAAAAUGUAUAAAAAAUAAACAAAGUUAUAGUAGCAGACCAGGUCAGACACUUGCCUUAUGACCUCUGACCUCUGUGUUAUCAUAUGCUAACAUCAGAUUUAAUUAACUCCUUGUGAUAGUUGAAUUUAUGUAUCAUUUUUCUUCAAUGGUAAUAGAGUAACAUAGAGUUGUGUUGUACAUAAAUUAGUUUGUUUGUAUUUCAUUCAAAAGUCAUAUGAAUUCCACAAUUAUAAUUCAGUUCUUAUUUUUUCACCUUCAUUAUUUUUUUUAGAUAAGUUGAUUUUUUUCUAUUUUACCUCAAUACAAAUCAGCAUCUACCUGUAUUGUCUGCCUAACUUGUUAACAGAAUAGAAACUUUUUCAUUGUUCAAAUUACCAAUAUGUAAUAUGAAAACUUCAUGUGUUGAAUAAAUAAUAAAAAUCAUUAAUUUUUAAAAGUACUUAAAUAAAUUACAGAGAAAUAAGCUUUUUUACCAACUAAAUAGCAAUCAUGAAGUGAAAGUAUUAUAUAUAUUAUAAACCAACUUAUUUUUGAAAGCGUUUGACCCCUGCUAGCAGACUUCACAGGGAUUUAUUUCUGCGAUUUUCUUACAUAUUCCUGACAAUUUUUAUUUUCUACUCCUGAAAGUAAAUUGCCUGCGAAAGAUAAGUUGGUUGGGAGUCUAAAAGGUCCUUUGCAUUUAUUAUUUCAUAUUGAAGUUUUGUAAAAACAAAGCAUAGAAAAUAAUGUGUAAAAUCUUUAUGAUUUGAUAGAUUCACAGUUCCUCCUUUCAAAUGAGUUUUGCCAAAGGACUUACAUUUUUUAGAACUUCCUAGGUGUGUAUUUCAAUCUUUACCCUAGUUUUUUAAUGAAUACUUCCUUCUAUAUAUUACACUAAAACUGUCUUCUUACGAAACUAAUAAUUUUGAUUAUGUCCUAAACUAAUUUAAAGUUUCUAGGUGAUUUGUCAGAUGAUUGCUUGUUUUAUUAGGCUGCCUUCUCACUGAUGUUUAUUCACACCUUAUUCAUAAGUUUGUCAUUAACAUAUUUAUUGGCAGAUGAACCAUUUCAUCAGUAAAUCUGACAAAAGUGACAUUCAAUUUUUGUAUUAUUGAUUUCAUUUCCCGAAACAGAGCUACUUUAGAUAUUUUUUUAUUUAAUAGUACAAACUGAUAAGAUUUCACACAAAUUAAUAUUUUUAUACAUUCAACAACUUUUGUUUUUAUUACAUAUAUUGUUUUGUUAAGUUCAUGAUAAAAAAAUUAUGUUGAUUUCUGAAAAAAACAAAGUUAGCAUGGUAGGCUAUAAUUUGUAUGAGUUUCAUUGAAUUAACAAAUAAAAAAUAAACAAUGAA